AUGGCGAAGAGGAAGAAGCCGAUUCGUAGGCCUGAAAUUCAAUCUAAUGAUUGGACUGAGCUGUUAUCUCCUGAGGUACAAGCGAAGGAUGUUCAUUGUUCUGAGGGAGAUGGUUUCGUUGGACAGGAGCCUGUCAAUCUUGAGGAUCUAGAAGUGCCUGGGUCAGGGGUUUUGCAGGUUGGUGAUAUGGAUCGACCGAGUAUGAAUGCCCAGCAUGUUGAGGCUUUGGAUGAUGGAUUGGGUACGGAUAUGAGAAGUGCAUCUUGGGCGGAUAGGAUUGAAGGAGGGGAUAAGGUCACAGAAGGGGACUUCCAAAAUGGGCAGAAGCUGGCUAAAGUUGAUAUUGAAGAGGUGAAAAUUCAGUCUGCAAAUUGGAGUUCUGCUAUUGUAUGCAUGGUGCUUGGAGAAAACCCUCCAAUGACAGUGUUUGAAGGCUUUAUAAAAAGAGUUUGGGGCCAUCUAGGGACUGCUCAAAUAUCUAGAAUGACGUUGGGGCUAACUUUGGUAAAAUUUAAUGAUGAAGCAACAAGAGAUCAUGUUCUAGAGAAUGGUGUGCUUCAAUUUGAUAGGAAACCUGUCAUCAUCAGGUCGUGGACAACAGAUCUUAAUGCUAUUUGUCUCAUCCGUUCUGUGUCGCUUUGGAUUCGGCUACAUGACCUUGGACUUCAGUAUUGGGGUAGCAAGUGUAUUAGUGCUUUGGUGAGCACUAUAGGCAAACCUCUUCUAGUAGAUAAGUUUACUAGGGAGUGUUCUCGAAUUCAGUUUGCCAGGGUUCUAGUGGAGAUGGAGAUUACUGAUAAUCCUCCUCGAAGUUUUCAGUUUAUUAAUGAGAAUGGCUAG